AUGGUGGCGCAAUACCAGGCCACCGCCGGUCCGUCCAGGUAUCAGGCUCCACUCCCUCCUCCCCCUACCGCUCCUCUCGCGCCGAUUCGCACAGAUCCCUCAAUCCAGUCCGGUAGCAGCAGCUGGAGCCCUCUAUCGCCUCGAUCUCCAAACCAUGUCGCUCCUCCUCCCCCGCUCAACAUGAAUAUGCCUCAGCCCCAGUCACGACCACAGCAACAUGCUCGCGAGCUGCCCGCCGAGCCCGAGUCGCCGUCGACCCGGAAUCCGCUCACGGACCUCAUGGACACCGAGAAGGUCUACGUCGAGCAGCUUACUUUCGUUAUCAGGCGAGUUGCGGCAGCAUGGUCGCGACGAGACCUUCCCCCGCCGAAGCUCGAUGCCAUGUUUCGAGCUGUCGAGGCCGUCUACCGGGCGAAUCGUUCCUUUGGCGCACGAUUGAAGGACAUCGGAACGAACCCCCAAAGUAGUCCCAAGGCUUUGGGCGACCUUCUCAUGCGAUGGGUCGACGACCUCGAGCCGUCAUACAGCCGCUACGCCACCGUGUUCAUGACCGGAUUUGACAAUUAUGCGCCAGUGUCGAAGAAUGCGACUCUUCCAAGCAUUCUUGUAGAUGUCACGGCAAAGUCACCGCCGACUCCUCCGCUGGAACAAUGGACUCUCGACUCGCUGUUCCUCCUUCCCUACCACCGCGUGCGCUACUACCGGAAACUGUACGCCCGACUGCUGCAGAACACCACGGAAGGCCGCAGUGACCACCGUCUGCUGCUGGCGGCGAACCAGAAGCUCGAGGGUCUUAUCAAGGACGUCGAGUCGCGAUUGGAGCUUGAUGUCUCCGAGGAAGACUCUCCUCCCCCGUCAGUGUCCGGAAGCAACGGUGGACAGUCUCGGGAGACGAGCUGGGCCAACGAGAAGUUGCGCGCGAGUCAGGAGAGCUCGGGUCGUGACAGCUCUGUCGAGUCUCAGUCUGUCCGAGGAGAGAGCGGCCGUAGCUCAGCUGCGACCAGCGUGACCCAGUCUCCCGGCCGAGGAACCAAGUCGCCGACGUCCCAGCGCUCGUCGAUCACUGACCUGGAGCUUCGCAUCGAUACAGAGCGCACCCUUGACCUGUUCACGAUGCAGCCGAGAAAAUGCAAGCUGCAGAUGAGCCCGCCGAACCUUCCCUACACACGAGGACUCCGGUCGUCUCACGACGGCAUGGUCUACUUCACCCCGACUUGCAACGGUCAGCCUGUCGUUCACCGUCGUGCGCACAUUAUUGUCUUGACAGACUUGUUCUUGAUCACCGACCGUAUGGAGGCGAGUGAGAAAGCGAGUAAGGCACAGGAAGUGGCGCGGGCUCAACCAAGCCGUGUUGGAGAAGGCGGCCCGAUGCCUGAGAUGUGGCUUGCAUACCCGCCCUUGGCAGGCAAGCAUCUUCAGGUCAUGGAGGGCGAGCAGAGCAAUGUCUUGGCCGUCACUGUAAUGCGCAAGGAGACCUUCGUCAUUCACUGCGAGUCCGAGAUCGAGCGCGACAAGAUGCUGAAGAGUAUCACGGACUGUAUCGACUUUGCCGGAGGACAAGCCCCGCGACCUGCUGCCCAAACCCCGUCACUCUCGUCGCAGGCCCCGUCUCCCGUCGACCGAAGUGCUCCCCGAACUCCGGCGUCCUCGAGCCAGCACUCCUACUUCCCUACGGCCCCGUCCAGCUCAUCCCACGGCGAUAACUACGCUCCGGCCCCGAACGGACCCCUCGCCUCGCAGAUGCGCAAGAUGUCCCUUGAGCCUGGGCAGACGAUGCCGGGCCAGAGCAUGCCUACCCCGACGGUGCCCGGCCAGAUCAUGCCUGGUCAAACGAUGCCUGGCCCGACCAUGAACUGGCCGUCUGCGCAUAUUCCGUCGGCAGCUUCCCAAUCUCAAGGUGCUCCGCAGCCGACCGCCGCCCGACCCACUCGUGGUGCCUCUUUGACGAGGGGCCCUCAGCCCAACGGCGCGUCGGGUCAGUACCCUGGUCUCGGAGUGACUAGCCCGGUCUCGGAGGGCGGCUUUACGGCCUUCAACGGUCCCCGGAACCUGUCUAUGCGAUCUAACGACUCGGAUAGGUCAGGCUUCUCCGGCGGACACCCCAGCCAGCAGCCCCCGAUGCCCUUCCAGCAGAACGGUUACGCUCCCCAGCCGUUUGGACAGCCGCAGAUGCCUGGCCCUCCUCGGCAGUUCCAGCCAGAGAUGCGGCCGUUGUCCGAUCGCCGACACGACGAGCUUCCUCCUGUUCCGCAGAUCCGCGGCGGUGAUAACGACAACUUCUCGGACUCUGGUGGUUCUUCGCCCAGCCUGAUGUCGCCGGCGGUGAUGCCUCGUGCCAGGUCCACGGAACCUUACCACCGCACGGAUACGUUCCACUCGACUGUUUCUACGCAGUCGGCCUUCUCCACUCAAUCGAUGCCCGCUCCCAUUGAGCAGAUCCAGACACCCUCUGAGCGGUUCGUCGCGCUGAAGAGCAACUCGGCCCCGCCUACCACUGUCGACGACGAGGAGGAUGAGCCUCACGAGGAGCAGCCCGCCACUCUCACUGGUCCUGCUGUCAUCUCGGCGCAGAUGAAGUGCAAGGUCUUCCUCCAGCAGGGUCACGGUCAGUGGAAGUCACUGGGCCACGGCAAGCUCAAGCUCUAUGUUGAGAAGGGCCGUAAUGUCAAGCAGCUCGUCGUCGAGUCCGACAAGCGAAAGUCAUCUGUCAUCAUCUCCACCAUUGUCCUCACCGACGGUAUCGAGCGCGUCGCCCGGACAGGUGUGGCCGUCGAGAUUUCGGACCAGGGCCAGCGCACCGGUAUCAUCUACAUGAUCCAGCUCCGCAACGAGGCCUCGGCUGGUGGCCUCUACGAGUCACUCGUCGCCGGCAGCGACCGGUCUCGCCGUUAA